AUGGCGGGUCUUUCAUUAGACCUCUCCCUCAGCCUUCUCUCCUCUGCACCUUCCUCCUCUCCGGUCGAGGCCGUCACAAACCUACGGGAUUCUCUCUCCAGCCCGCGCAUGGCGAAGCGCCACUGCCAAACAGAUCUUCGUCAGUCGCAACCGUCGCACGCCAUCGCGCUUCCCAUGAGGCAUGUGCCGUCGCCAGGUCUGUCGCUCGCAAGCAGCCUUGACGCGGAGACCGCCACCGAGCCCGCCGCUGAGCCCGUCGCAGAAUCUGUCGCCGCGACGUCGCAGAGGGAUAACGUGAAUUCUUCCUUUCACCUUCUUGACUCAUCUCCCUCGUCGUCGCCCCCGUCUACGGGCUCCUUCUCCCCCUCAUCCCGCGGUCCUUCCGCCUUCACCGCCCUCGCCUCCCUUGCGCACGCUCCACCGUCCCACUGCCUGCCGGCGCUCACCCCGGCGCCUCCCUCCACUCCGCCGCCGCCGUCGCACCAGCACCGUGGUUGGUUCGGCUCCGCCAACCCCCCUGCAAGCUGCCCUCCCGCGAUCUGCCCUACUGCAAGCUACCCUCCCGCAAGUUGUCCUCCCGCCGCGGAAGCCGUCUGCGUGACUCGGCUAACGAUGCCGCCCUCCGCUUCUUCCUCUGCUCUUGCCGCCCCGCAUCUGGCCACGUCACACUCUCAGCAGUCAACAGCUCCUGCGGCGCCAUAUGCACCAGUGAAUCCCAGCGCGGAUGCGGGGGCCGCUGCAGGUCCCGUCGCGGCUCCAGCGCACCCUAUUGUCGCGGGAGCGGCGCCGAUGGCUCCGACGGCGGCGCCGGCGCCGCCGGCCGCUGCGCCGGGUCCGAAGAAAAGGAAGAGCAUGAAGGACCGGAGGUUCCGCGGAAUUCGCGAGCGCCUGUGGGGUCGCUGGGCCGCGGAGAUUCGGGAUCCCCGAACCAAGAAGCGGAUCUGGCUCGGUAGCUUCGACACUGCCGAGGCUGCAGCCCGAGCCUACGACGCAGCCAACCUCCGGCUCCGAGGAGCCAACGCCCGGACCAAUUUUCCCCAGCCUGAGCAGCUGGUUGCCUCGGAAAACAAUCCUGCCGCACCUGGCCAGAUCGAGGCUCUGCCGACUCCGAUGCUCGAGGAGCUAAGUCCAACCGCCGGAUCAAGCUCGGAUGGUGACGGCGAAAACAUCGCGGGCGGGGAAUCGUCCGCGUUACAAGAGGAGGCGGAUGUGGUCGCAGCUGCGGAUAGCCUGUCCCUACUCGCCGCGGCGGCGCUUGCGGAAGAACCUGCUCCCGCGCCUGCGCCCGCUGCUGUGCCCGCGCCCGUGUCUGCGCCUGCGCCCGCUCCUGCGCCUGCCCCCGCUCCUGCGCCUGCACCUGCCGCGAUAGCAGCACCUUCAGCAGCGCCAGUCGCAGCGCCGGUGGCAGCGCCAGCUGCUGUGUCUCUCUCCCCUGCAGCUACUAUCGCCUCUCGUCCCACCCCCAUCGCCCCAGCUCCCGUUCAGUUCUCCUCAGGGCAAGCUGCGGCGUACCCGUUUGUGGCUGUUUCGCAGUGGCAGUACAACGCGCAACGCAACCCCCACCAGCAGUACAGCAACAACGUGCAGCAGUACCCCCGCGCGCAGCAAUACCCCCACUCCCACUCCGCCCAGCCGUCCUACUACCAUUCGGCGCAACCAUUGAACUCUCGCUCCGCGCCUCACCAGCAGCAGGCUGUAGCGGGAGCGCAGCCGGCGCUAGCCGUCCCAGCGACCUCCCCCUACCCUACCUUCCCCGGGUCCUGGGGACAUCCCAGCCAUCCCAGCGCAUCCGCCCAGUACCAGCAGAGCCUGGCUCCGCUGUCCGCGUCCGCCUCCGCGCAACACGUGUCUCUCUCCGCGCCUGCGUCCGCCGCGCUGGCUGCUGCGGCAGCCGUGCCUUCGCACCGGUCUCAGGCGGCGUACCCUGUGUCGCAGCAUCCGCCUCCUCCCAGCACAGGUGCUCCACGCACAGUGGUUGCACAGACAGUAGUCACUCCGCGUACUGUCACUCCGCACACUGUCACAUCACAUAAAGCGGCGCCUCUCAUGGGGCUGCUGCAGCUCCCCAAGUCUCUCACUGGACCAGUCCCAGCCGGCCAGCUGGCAACGCCGGUGGCAGCAGCAAGGCCUGCUGCUGCUGCUGCUGCACAGGGAGCGAUUAUUGUGAAAGCAUUGCCAGGACCAGCAGCAAAGUCGACAGGAGCAGCAGCAGGAGUUGGAGCCAUGUGCACAUCUUUGGUUCCCCAGGAUCAGUCGCCGUGCACAUCUGUCCCUCCAUCGGCCUCUCUGCCUUCUCACUCAUCAAGCAGCAGUAGCUAUGCUGGAGGCUCGGGUGCGGAUCAGUGCACAGCUGCAUCUGCUGAUGGCACAGUUGCUGUUGUGGAUGCGUCCACUGCUGUGGCUGCUGCUGGAGCUGAUGGUGCUGCGCAGAGCGAUAAGAGCGGAAACAAGAAAGACGGCCGCACUCGGCUUUUCCGUGGUGUUCGCCAGCGUCCUUCUGGUAAAUGGGUGGCCGAAGCCAGGGACCCUCACUCGCGCCGUCGCAUCUGGCUUGGAAGCUUCAACACCCCAGAAGAAGCUGCCCGGGCGUAUGAUGCCAUUUCGAGGAAGUUCCGGGGAUCUGCUGCCAAGUGCAACUUUCCCGAAGGAGCUGAUGGGAUUACUGACAACAAUUUGCAACAUGACAACGAAGGCUUCACCAGGUUUGGGGUUGAUGAUCAACCACCUAUGACAUUCCAAGACGAAGGUGCUGCUGACGCUAUGUGGCAAGAUAUUUUGAAGGGAAUGAAUUCGCCAAAGCCGAGCACCCCUCAAGGACCUCAUCCGGAAACCAUCAUUGAAGACCAGCAAGAAGCAGGCCAACCACAAAAUAUUCGGGAUCAGACUGCUGCACCUGAGUCGCCUGAACAAAAUGAGGCUCCAAAGCGAACAAGGCAGCUUAAACGGAAGGCGCGUCCAAAGAAAGUUGUUAUGGAUGAGGAUAGGACAGAGGUGGCCCCGAUGGAAUUCAACCGAUGGCUGCAAGACACGUCAAAGAUUAUUGGAAGGGUGAAGAAGGAUCGGAAGGCGCUUUUGGAGAAAUCCAUUGAAUCUCUCAUUGACCUUCCCUUGACUGGAAGUAUCACUAUGGACGGGUUUGUAGCUUCCAGAUGGUCCAAAGGAAUGCUGCGGACGUGGAACAGAUAUGUACGAAAGGACACAUUCAGAAGCAAUCCUGAAACAGACGAGAUGCAUGCCUCGAAGAAAGCUCGCAUGGAAAGUGGAAAUGAUAAGGACCCUGAGAUGCCAAAUCAGGCCAUGCUUGAUGAUUUCGGAUCUGCUGAAGCUAUGCGGGAAAGAAAUGAGACGCCAGUAGUGGCAGGAAAUGGCGUAAGACGUGAUGACGUGACUCCACCUGCUCAAGGGCUUUUGGAUCUUGAACGAACGAAGAACUCUUCGGGUGGGGUCCCACUUCCAAUGGAGGAGGAAAAUCAACCAGACUUCUAUAGAGGAAACCGGCCUCAAAACAUAGCAGAUUUCUUGAUGGAAGGCUCGCCACAGAUUCCUCAAAACUUGGCUGAUGAUUUGACUGCUCAAUUUCCCGGGCAGAGUGCUGAAAAGUUUUCUUCCAAACAUAGCAGCAGUGGACUGCGAGGUGCACUGAGCCAGUUUGGUGUAUCUGAGCCCCUGCAAGAAACGGAUGCAACACAGACACAAUUCCCUGCAACUUCCAUUGACAAGAGGACAGCAUCUCUUGCUGGAUUUUUCCGUCAGCAAGUCUUCAGCAAUCCAGAAAUAAAAUUCGCAUCACUGCAUGAACUUCUAGCAGACUGCAACAGGCAGCAAGCAGCCCGCAUCUUUUACCAAACAUGUGUUCUUGCAACGAUGAACUACCUCAAGGUCAAGCAAGCCACUCCCUACAGUGAUAUUGAGAUCCUUGCGGGAGGAUUUUUGUGA